GUUUCUUGUGAAAUCGUCAGGCUCUCUGUCUCACUGCAGCAGUAAUGGCAGAAGCAAAUAUUCUGGUAGCACAUAACCAGUUUAGCUGUUCAGUGUGUCUGGAGAUAUUGAAGGACCCAGUCGCUAUUCCAUGUGGACACAGUUACUGUAUGGGGUGUAUUAAGAACUGCUGGGAUCACACUGAUCAUACAGGUGUCUACAGGUGCCCCCAGUGCAGAGAGACCUUUACCCCAAGGCCUGUUCUGCGCAGAAACACCAUGCUGGCUGAAGUUGUGGAGAAAUUAAAGAAGUUAGGACUCAAUCCUCGUCCUGCUCAAAGUUAUGCUGGACCUGGAGAUGUGCCGUGUGAUUUCUGCACUGGGAGAAAGUUCAAAGCUGUGAAAUCUUGUUUGACGUGCCUGGCCUCUUACUGUGAAACACACGUCAAUCCACACAGUGAGGUUACUCCAUUAAAGAGGCACAAGUUGAUCAAUGCAAUUGGAAAUCUGGAGCAGAAGCUUUGUGCUGAACACCAAAAGCUUUUGGAGGGGUUCUGCAGAACUGAUCAGACGUGUAUUUGCUGGCUGUGUGCAGACAAGGAACACAAGAGCCAUGACACAGUCUCAGCUGAGGCAGAAAGGACUUGGAAACAGAAGCAGCUGGGAGACACACAGACAGAAAUACAACAGAGAAUCCAGGAGAGACUGAAAGAAAUUGAGGAUCUGAAACAGACUGUGAAGUCACUGAAAAGAUCUGCAUGCAUAGAAAUAAAGGAAAGUGAGAAGAUAUUUACUGAGCUGAUCCGAUCUAUUGAGAAGAUCCACACUGAGGUUAUUCAGCUGAUUGGAGCUAACGAGAAGGCUGCAGUGAAUCAGGCUGAAGGACGCAUGAAGAAACUGGAGCAGGAGAUACCUGAGCUAAGGAGGAGAAACGCUGAGCUGAAACAGCUUUCAGAGACAGAGGAUCACAUCCAUUUUCUACAGAAUUUCCAGCCUCUCUGUGCUCCUCCUGAAGCUGGAGACCUACCCAGCUUUACUGUCAAUACAGAGAUCUCUUUUGUGGCUGUGAGGAAAGCUGUAUCUGAACUUAAAGACCAUAUUGAGGACUUCUGCAAGGGGGAAUUAGUCAAAAUAACCAAAACAGUGAAUGAAACAGCACUUUAUACCCUGGGGUCUAGGAGAAGUGACAGACGUUUCAAAGUGAAUAAAGUUGCAGUUUACAGUCUGCAGGCUCCAGAACCAAGGAACAGUGCUGCAUUUUUAAAAUAUUCUUUAUCUAGAUCCACACCUCAAGCAUCAAACAUGAGAGUCAACACAGAAGCACAUGAAAAGAGAGCCCCAGGCAGUUCCCCUGAUUUGAGGAUGGUCCUGGUUGGGAAGAUUGGAGUUGGGAAAAGUGCCUCAGGAAACACCAUCCUGGGCAAAAAGGUGUUUACAUCACAAGCCAGUGACACCUCAGUUACAAAUGUAUGUGAGAAGGGAGAAGGAGAGGUUUCCGGGAGACGUGUUGUUGUGGUCGACACUCCAGCCUUUGGCACAGACCUCUCUCUGGAUGAAGUCACUGAAGAAAAAUGCAUUGCUCUGUCUGCCCCGGGACCCCACGCUAUUCUCCUGGUGAUUGAGAUGGGCCGAUUCACAGGUGAAGACAAGAGAACAGUGGAGACAAUCCUGAGGAGAUACGGAGAGGAAGCUGAGAGAUACACGAUGGUCCUUUUCACCAACUGGGACAAACUAGGAGAGAAGAAAAUUAAGGAGUUCAUUCAGGGAGCCAGCAAGGAGCUCCGGGAGCUUGUUGAGAAGUGUGGGGGCCAUUAUCAUGCCUUCAACAACAAGGAAGAGAGUGAUUGCACCCAGGUUUCUGAGCUACUGGAAAAAAUAGACAGGAUGGUGGAAGGUAACAGGGGAAGCCACUACACCAGUGAGAUGAUCAGACAGGUGAAAAAAAUGAGGAAGAGCAAAGAGCUCAUUUGUGAAGAAAUGGACGUUGAAGAGCAAGCCAAUGAUAAGCCAAGCAAGUCUGAUUCUUUAUCUAGAUCCACACCUCUGGCAUCGAACAUGAGAGACAACACAGAGUUGAGGAUUGUGCUGCUUGGGAAGACUGGAGUUGGGAAGAGUGCAGCAGGAAACACCAUCCUGGGAAGAAGGGAGUUUGAUUCAAAACUCAGCGCCACUUCCAUAACUAAUAAGUGUAAGAAGGGCACGGCAGAAGUUUCUGGGAGACACAUAGCUGUGAUUGACACUCCCGGUCUGUUUGACACAGAGCUCACUGCUGAUCAGAUUAAACAGGAGAUUGAGAAAUGUAUCUCUCUGUCUGCCCCGGGACCCCACGCUUUGCUGUUGGUUCUACAGGUGGGCCAAUACACACAGAGAGAGAGGGAAGCAGUGAAGAUUAUUUUGGGUGAGCGUGCUGCCAGAUACAUGAUGGUUCUUUUCACCCAUGAAGACAGUCUGGAAGAUGGCAUGACAAUUGAGAAAUACAUUGAGGGAGUCAAAGGGGAUCUCCAGCAGCUUAUUGAUGAAUGUGGGGGCAGGUAUCAUGUCUUUAACAAUAAAGACAAGAGCAAUACAGCACAAGCUAUUGAACUGGUCAAGGAAAUAGAGGCGAUGGUGGAACGUAAUUGUGGGAGGUUUUACACCAUGGAGAUGUACAAUAAGGCAGCUGCAUCCACCAGUCAAAAUGUAGAAAUGGAGAAGGGAAAAGUGAGGAAGGAAAGGCCACCGCAUAAGACUGUGCAGAGCUCCAGAGAUGGGUGUAAUUUGAUGUAAUCUGUUUAACAUAUCUGACGUGUUUAUUGAAUGUCCUCUGCAUAAUUAUUUUCUUUACUAAUAUGUGCUUGAUUUUGUUUUCUUUUUAUUUGAAACAGCCAAUGAUUAAUAACCAAUGCUUAACAUUGUAUUUAGCUCUAUAAAUCAGUAUGAAUUUCCUUUCAGUACACCUUAUAUUGCCUUGCAUAAAAAAGCUAAAUACAAAAUGAAUUCUGUGUUAGUAAAUUCUGAAAAACAAAUAAAAAUUGUUA